GGGGCGGCGGGAACGGCAUUGCAGGGACGUGGGGUUUUCUUCACACACACACACACAAAAAGCCCGCUGCCGGCGGUAACGGUGGGUGGGGGGAGACUUGCCACCCUGGAGCUCAUGCGCUUCCCGGUACACCGCGCCGCGGUGAGCGCUGCCGGGAUUAGGUGGGCGGGGAGCGGUAAUCCCAGCCUGGUUUUGAAAGCAAGCCCUCAUGUGUAAAGGAGUAAAUCUCGUUUUGGGCCGCUGCCUCGGUUAGCAGAAAACGCAGUGGAACGAGGCGGUCGGUGCAGGACAGAUGUGCUUCCCUGGGUUGGAGCCCGCGGGUGGCUGUUGGAAGCGAGCAGCUCCCUCCAGGCUUUCCCUUGGCACUCGGGUGGUACCGGCAGGCUUUCAGGAAACACACAGGUGCCCUAGAGUCCGGGUUCAGCUUCGUUUUAAAAUAGAAGUCUAUUACCUCAUUACUAUGAUUUGCUAAAAAGAAAAAAAAAAAAAAAGAGGAAAAUAAAAGGAAUUUGUGUGUUCUGGGAUGCUUCCUAACCCUUUCAGCACUGAUCCUAAAUAAUCACCAAGAUCCACGCGGGAAUAUUACGUCCUGCCGGGGAUGGUGAAGGGUGGCCUGGGGAUACCCUCCAGCUGCCACCUCUCCUGGCAUCUCCUUUGUGCCAGAGGCCGCUCCUUGUGCUGAUCCAGUGCCAGGGCCAAGCGCGGGUCUAUCCCGAGCCGCCGCUCCCUUGAGGAGAGGGAAAUAUACCCCGCCUGACUCCCACCGUGUGCCGGGGAACGCCAACCUUCACAGCCACCAAUAACUUCAGGAACAGCCAAAAGUCUCCUCGGCAGUUAUUAGCACGUGUUACUAUUUGUUUACAUUUAAGCUAUGCUUAUUGAUAUGCACAGGCGAGGCAGGCAGCCCUUAGCAAAUUAAUUAAUGGAAAUAAUACGUUAAAAAUCAGUCAGUGGUUGUAAAACACCAUAAUGGUCUAUUGCUCUUAAGUAAGAAACGAGUUAUUUGUGGUUCACAUGGAUUUUGUGAGUGAAUCACCAGGUCAGAUUUGCUAAUGUGGUUGCUGAAAACUGCUACAAUGGUUUAGGAAAGCCAGUAGGUGAAAUUGUUGGCUGUGCAAUUUCGCAGUCCCGAGGUCAUUACAGUCUGGGACUGAGAUGGGCAGCUCUGAUCGGGUUCCUGCUUUUAGUUUCUAAACUUUCAGUCACAAGCUGGGCAGCCCAUUUUUCCAUCAAAUAACCGACAAAGUUAUGAUGAGCUAAUAAAGUUACAAUAAACUGCACUUACUAAAUUGAAAAAUAUUAUAUUUUUUCCAAAACACAAUACAAUUCCAAAAUUUUUCCUUUCUGUUUAAGAGGAGAGAUGGGUUUAUUUUAAAUGUUUUUGUUUCAUCAUAUAUACUACAGCUAGCACUGCAUGCUAGUUAAUAACGCUUUAAAAAAUGUCCUUUAUCUUAACUGGAGAAAACCAGGAAAACUUAGACCUCAGCACUUCUCUGCUGCUAUUCUGCUUUUCUAUUUUUUCUUGCUGCUAAUUGGAUUAAAAGCUGUUUGGGUUACUAUGGCGUCCGGGGAGGAGAUUACUGUCUGUGAAGAUGAAGUAAGGUCUCGGUACAGCCACUUAGAGAAGAUGACAGAUUUGGUGGCUGUUUGGGAAGUAGCUUUAAGUGAUGGUGUUCAUAAGAUUGAAUUUGAACAUGGGACCACUUCAGGAAAACGUGUUGUCUAUGUUGAUGGAAAGGAAGAAAUAAGAAAAGACUGGAUGUUUAAAUUAGUGGGUAAAGAAACAUUCACUGUUGGAGCUACUAAAACAAAAGCUGCUAUUAACAUAGAUGCAGUCAGUGGCUUUGCAUAUGAAUAUACUUUGGAGAUCAAUGGAAAGAGUCUGAAGAAAUAUAUGGAAAACAGGUUAAAAACAACCAAUACUUGGAUAUUGAACUUGGAUGGUACGGACUAUAGAAUUGUUCUAGAAAAGGACACUAUGGAUGUGUGGUGCAAUGGUGAAAAAAUGGAAACAGCGGGUGAAUUUGUCGAAGAUGGGACUGAAACUCACUUCACUGUUGCUGAUCACAGCUGUUGCAUUAAGGCUGUCAGUAGCGGGAAACGAAAGGAGGGAAUUAUUCAUACCCUUAUUGUGAACAACAGAGAAAUCCCAGAGGUGGUGGAGUAGCCUCUAGUUAACUGAUUAUUGUAGGACUAAGAUCAAGAAUUUUCAAUUACUGUGGUAAUUAUUUUAAUAUGUACUACUUGGUACGUCUAGUUUGUGCUGGGUUUAUUUUCUAGUUUCUGUAUAUGAAAUUAUUCUUUUUGAGGACCAGAUGAAAAUAAUUAUAUGCAACCUCUUACAUUAGCAGUUUUUAAAAAACUAUAUAUAUAGAAUGUAUAUUAUAUCACUAAGUGUGGAGAACACUGGUGAACUUCAGUAGAAAUUAUACACCAGGAAAAAAUCUCGCUAUAAUAAAAUGGAAGAUAAAUAUUCAGUUACAAUGAAUCCUUAUAAACUGCAGGUGUAUGUGGAGGGAGGAGAAAGCAUGUGCUGGGUAUUGGAAUAAACUGUUAAAGCUUUCUCAAUUAUUAUUUUUUUCUAUUAAACAGAGUACAAACCUUUUUAGGUGCAGUUAAGAGUUACAGAGUUAAUAAAAAGGUUAUUAAUAAACACAUUGUUACCAAUACUUGUGUAACAGUAUUAAAGUAACACUCAGUUAUGAAAACUGAUUUUUUUUAUUCCAAGUAGGAGAAAGAUGUUACAUUGUGCCAAAAAAUCCUUUAGGUUUUCUGAAAACUUAGAAAUUGUUAAAAUUGUUGCAGUAGUUCAAAAACUCUGUACUGAGUUUUUUCAAAAAAGAAAGAAGAAUUCCUGCCAUGAAAUUGCUUUAAAAAAUGAAAUCUCUUGAACUAAACUGAAAUAAGAACUUAUCCUUGUUCAGCGCUGUCUAACCUUAAAUCUACAGCUCUGUGUUUUCAUGGCAGUAAUGUGUGAAUUGAGAAACAUGAGGAAAAAAGGGAACAGAAGUAGAAAAGAAUUUAUUGCUUAAAUGGAAUAGUUAAAAUAGGAAUAGACUCUUAAGAGCAACCUUGGGAUUUCUUGAGACCAAAAUUCACAUGUAUUAGAGGCUCACACACUACAAAACUACCUUUUCAAAAAUAGGUAUAACUAAUCUUUAAAAUAAGACUAUAAAAAACACCCACUACACAAAUAUGAAUAUAUUAAUUUAAAAGUUUCUUUUGUAAUGGUUUGAAAAAAUUUCCACUUGCAACCUCACAUAAAAGUUCAGAAUUAGACUUUUAUAACUUAAUUUCUUCUGGACUUGUGAGUGGUUCCUAGCACUAUGACUACUAGCUUAGGAGUUGCAGGUGCAAUACAAGUACCCUGGGAAUUCAUUAACAAAUUAUUUUGAAAAGUUGUAUUAAAUGCUACUUUCAUCUGUGUUUUAGAGAUCAGAUGCUCUCCAUCAGCACAGUGCUUUGCCUGUGGGUGAAAUGCUUUUCAUAUGACAACACUGUUGGUUUUGAAUGGUUUUAUGUGAGCCCUUCUCCUCCCCAGGUAAUGACAGUUUUGACUACAGGUGACUUCAGGUGAGAGGCUGACCUGAUACUGACAGGUGAGGUACCAAAGAGGAGCGUUUAUUUCUGUAUUACUGCACUGCUUUAAGCUGUUUAGGUGUUUUAGGCCCAGAACUGGUGGGACAGUUUGGACAAAUCUGGUGGUAGCUUUUUAUUUGGGGCAACACAUCUGUUUUAAACACUGUUAACAUCAGGCAUAGUUUUAGGCUUCAGUAGAGAAAGCUUCCAAGUACCCGAGUGCUGGACUGAAUCCCCUUUGACAGUGGAAUUCCUAUAAUGGCUCUUGGGCUUUUCCAUGUGCUGGCUUCAGGUUGCUGCAGAAGCAAUGUGGGCAUACCUGGCUACAAGGCUGACAGUGUAAUCUUUAAAAGAUAUUGAUAAAGGUAGAUUAAUUGAAGAUCAAUUUCAAGCUGUAGCUUGAACCAGUUCUUUACUAUUUUGUAGCCUUUCAAAGAGAUUUGAAAUUGUCCAAACAUUGCUGAGAAAUCUGAAGCUCAAAUACAGUCCAAAUCACAUUCUUAAGACUAUAUAAAAAAAUACAAGUGAACUGAUAGUGACAUUCAUACUUUUAAUUUUGAAUACAUGCAUCUACAAUAAAACCUGCAACAGCGACUACUGUUGGAUAUCGUGCAGUAUUGUCUCAUGUUUGUCAUAACUACGUGUAUUUAACAGCUUGUCUCUAACUGCGAAACAGCUUUUAUCUGCUACAUUCACCUAUUUAAGUCAAAAGAAAACUUAGGAAUCAAAGGCACAACCAAGACUUUUUGUUUCACUGACAUAUGCAAUAUCUCAGAUUAAGAGAAUGCAAUACAAAAAUGACAGCCUAUGCAAACAUCACGUGUAUAGUCCCCUGCUCAGAACACGGUAAGGUAAAAAGUAAAUGACCAUCUAAAUGUUAAACUGUAUUUUGGGAUGCUCUCCCUUCUGUUUCCACUCACAGACAAUUUUGUCCUAAUCUCCUUAAGGUAUUGCCUUACUCUUUUGUUCAUGGAUAUUUCAGAGUAUUUUGCAUGAGGCACUUUGACCACAGCACAUUACUAAGUAGAGCAUCCUCUUAAAUCUAAGCACUAGACUUUGUUCUGAGGUGAUCUUCACAACAGCAACAGUUUUGAGUAAUUCUAAUUCAGGAUGCUGCUGUUUCCAGCUGCAUAAUGCUUAGUCACCGGGCAACAAGUCAGCAAAUAUUGUGGAAGGGCCCCAACACUGUUGUAAAUGACAAAGGUGUCAGGAUUAGCCAUAUCAUUUACCAAACUGUCAUAUAUCCUAAAGGCAUCCCCCUCCACAGCCAGAGGCAUAAUAAUAUUAGACUGGCCUUUAGUGUAUAAGCCUGUUAAUACUUCAGCCUCAAACACAUACAUUUUAGAGUCCAUUUCCCCCAUAGCGUUAUCCUCCAUAAGGUUUCUUGGGUUCCUUUUAAAGUAGAUGCCAGGUCCAUAAUUUUGUUCUGGAAAAAGAAAGAAAAAUUUUCAGAAGAAGAAGACAAAGUGUUCAACAACUGGUUCUUUUGGGGUGGUAGUUCCAAGAGGCUGCUGCUUGAUUCAGGAUUACACAGGAUGUUACUGCUCAAUAUGUGCCAUCUUUUUGGAAGGAUGUUUGAUUAACUGCUACUUCAGCGAUAACUGUUCAGAUGUAACUGUUUAAUACAGUGGUUGAAACAUCAAGGUCUAAAGUAUUUAUAUAAAUGUAUGACUGCCACUUCAAUUAUCACAGAUCUGAUAAGCACCAAAAGCAGCAAGAUUUUAAUAAUGCAACCGACCAAAAAAAGCUUUGAUAUUUAUAACAAGAGUGUCACAUAAAAGUGCUGUUACAGUUUCAUGUGGAAAAGUGCAAGGAUAUUAGACCAUCAUCCUAUUUACUGCUCCUCAAGUGUGGAAAUGUGCCAUGUACAUUGCAUAGACGAAGAAAGUGGAAAUCUCCACUUUUGAACGGUUUAUUGCCUGAAAUCCCAAUUCUGCAAUCGACAAGCAAAAUGUAACACCCUUCACCUAUUGUAGGAUGAAGCACUAAAAGCUUAUUCUUUCCCUUUCUGAAAACAUCUGUCUACUACAAUAUUUCGUAGAGCCCACAAUUUCUUCCGAGCGUGCUCCCAUCCGAAUGGCAGCUGAGCAGUCAGACUGUGUGCUGUCUCUGACCACACCUGGUCUGAGCACGGGGCUGGGCUAGACAGCCUUCCCAAGUACCUUCAGCCUCAGUAUUCUGUGAUGACUUUGAACAUAUUUUAAGCACCAAGCUGCUGAGUGCAUGUUUGCAGCAGGUAAAUAAGGAUCUUGACUUUCUUUAAAGAGUGAUGCAAAAAAAUAAAACUUGGAAUGGAAUUAUGUGUAUAGUAACAAUUCUGUCAGUAGUGUUUGGGCUAGGCUUGAUUGAAUCCAGGCUUAUUGUCCCAGAGCCUUACUGGCUUUAGAGUAUCAGGGAGGGAAACUUUACUCUAGAUAAUAAAGUAAGCUCAUACCAAUCUAAACGCACAUGAGAAACAAUUAUUGUUUAGGAAUGACAUUUUUUUCUGAUUUUAACCCAAAUUUAGUAGUCAGUCACUGUUCAUUUUGAUUAAAGAUACCAAAGCAAGUUCUUACCUUUUGGUGGAGAAUACAUCCUGUGAAAUCCAGUCUGGCAAACUGAACUACAGAACUCAGCAGGAACCUGCUGGUACAACUUGUGGGUUAUUUUGGAGAUAUCUUGUCUUUCUUCUAUUCUUUUUUUCAUUUGUUGGAAUGCAUCAGAUAGAAGAGGAUUAUGUAUCUUUUCAAUCUGUAACAUAAAUAAAUAACACUGUAGUAUAAGCAGAGACCAA